AUGCAAAACUUGAUUAAUGGCAGUACAAUUGCGGAGAGGGAGGCUGCUUACUUAGUUCCACGACUUCGGGAUCUAGCCUUUUCUGUGGAUAUUAGGAUUGAAAAUUUAGAAGAAGGUCCCGGAACAUUCUCGGAAGGACUAUGGAGAAGAGCAGUUUCUGCUGGUGCCUAUACACCUAUUGAGAAAAGGACCUUUGGCAUUGCUGAUGACAUAUAUGAAGCAGGACUUCUUUUGGCAUACUUAGCUUUUGUUACAUUUUGUGAAGCAAACAUUAUGGAUAGUCUUUCUUUGCAAAGGCUCUUGGAAAGCACCUUUAAACUUGAUCUUCAAGCUACAAGAGAGUAUUGUUUAGCAGAUGACCGCUUGUUAGAAGCUGUCAAGUUUUUGGAUCUCGGUGAUGGUGCUGGUUGGGAGUUACUUCAGGCAAUGCUGAAUCCUGACUUCCGAAAACGACCGAUUGCAGAAGCAGUAAUCAAUCAUCGAUUUAUAACUAAUUCUGUUAUUUGAGAUUCCAAGGACUGAGGACAUAUUAUAGUCUGUGAAUAGAAAAUUUUGGAGUUGGAGUUAGCAAGUAGCAUGUUAUGUGAAAUAGCUGACAGUACGAAAAGACCUUAGAAUCA